UACCUUUCUUUUCGUCAUUUUCAGUGUGCGGUAAAUCAAACGCUCCUCGACUUCCAUUCAUUACGAACGGAAACGUCACCGAAAUUGGGCAAUGGCCGUGGCAGGUCGCCCUCUACAGGCAAACCGUUGACAAGGGGAUGGCUCUUAUCUGUGGAGGCGUUCUUCUCAACGAGAACUGGAUUGUGACGGCAGGGCACUGUGUCGUGGAACCAGGGACGGCAUUUGUAGCCUCAACAGCCUCGUUCAGGAUAAAGCUAGGGAAAUAUUACCGAGACGACAGCUUAGACGAUGAGUUCGUGCAGACAUUCCAGGUUGAGGAAAUCCACCUUCAUCCCAGCUUUGAACCUCUCUCCCUUGACGCAGACAUUGCUCUGAUGCGCGUUCCAGACCCGGGGGCGGUGUUUACCGACCGGGUCCGCCCUGUUUGCAUGACUGACGUUGUCAGUAGUGACACACGGGUGAAGGCGGGGAAUAGGGGCGUGGUCACGGGUUGGGGGAAGAAUGAGAACGGGCUGUACUCCGACGAGUUAAUGCAGGCAGUCAUUCCGGUGGUUGAUAGCCAAGUGUGCGAGGAGAGCUACGUGACAUAUGCUGAUCUAGCCAUGCCAGUGACCAGCUAUAUGUUCUGUGGAGGGUACGCAGAAGGACAGUUUGACGCCUGCUCUGGAGACUCAGGAGGUCCCUACGUGUUCCCGUCUGGGACAGGCGAUUCACUUCGUUGGUACUUGGAAGGUUUAGUCAGUUGGGGCAGUCCUGACGGAUGCGGGAAGGCAAACCAAUAUGGCGGCUACACACGUGUGUCCAGAUUUAUUGAUUGGAUGAAAAAUAUCAUGUGAUGCGUUGCAUACGUUUGAUGGGAAAAACACGUACAUGCGACUCACGUUUUCUUUUCAUUCAUAAUGGAUGAUUUCGAUAAAAAUGAUUCUAAAAGAAUACAUGAUGUGAUAUUGGUAAAAGAUUGUAAAUAGACUGGUUUUACCUAAUAAGAAAAAAAAGAGAAAGAAAAAAAUGAAUCAAUGGUAAAGAUUAUACUGUAUGUCAAUACAAAUUCAAAAUAAACAAUGAAUACUUUCCCAAUGAGCAAUUCAAAUAAUUUAUUACAAAGACCGCUUACAUCAUACAAGAAUCCUGGCAAAGCUGUUGGCCAUAUUGGAACUGGUUUCCAAUAUCUCUGUUGUAUUGCCAUGAGAAUUUUAUAUCAAAAUAGCAUUAAAGGCUCUAUGACUUAAUAUUACCAUUAGUAAGUUAUAUUAAUAUGACCUGUUAUGGCUUUUUUUAGAAAAUAGGGAAGCCAAUUAAAUCAGAAAGUAAAAUACCGAAACUAAGAUCGCAUUCACAACAAGUUGAGCCAGGCUUUACAAAUCCUGGGGACUAAAUAUG